UCUGUAGGAUCUUUGCCACGGUUUGUCUGUCCCUAAGUGGUGAGCCAAUGAGUUGAAUUAACACUAUGGACGGGGACCCAAACAGUCCUUUGAUAACUCCAAAAGUUCAAAUAACAAGAGACGACGGGAAGAACGUAAACAACACAUUAUGGAACAGACGGGAGAAGUACAUAUGGGUUUUAACCUUGUUCACAGGCUGUUCCGUGUUGUAUACUGCCAGGACUGUGAUGCCCCUAUGUGUGGUUGCUAUUUCAAAAGAACUCAAAUGGGACAAAACACAAUCAGGAAUGGUGCUGUCCUGUUUCUUUUGGGGUUAUACAAUGACACAGGUACUUGGUGGUUACCUCAGUGACAGAAUAGGGGGAGAUAUUGUUAUCUCUUUUGCUGCAUGUGGCUGGUCAUUUAUUACAUUCAUCACUCCUAAGUUAGCAUAUCUAAGUAGUGAUAAAGCCACCACAGUCAAUGUGAUUGUACUGUCAAGAGUACUUCUUGGAGCAUGCCAAGGGUUCCACUAUCCAAGUGUAACUAGCAUAGUUUCCAAAAAGAUUUCUCAAAAAAAUAGAUCUUUAACUUACGCCUUUGUUGCUGCUGGGUCACAUUGUGGCACCCUGCUAUGUGGAAGUAUAGGCUCAUUAUUAUUGGAAUAUUAUGGAUGGGAGAGUACAUUUUAUGUGAUAGGAGUUGGAGGCUUCCUAUGGAUGCUAUUUCUUCGAUAUUAUCUUCUGGGUGGCAAUAAACCCAAAAAUCAAGUAGUUUCUUUAAAAAACAAUAUGGUACCAGAUUCUUUUGUGCCUCAAAAGGAACAUAUACCAGUACCAUGGAUGUCACUGCUCUCAAGAGUUCCAUUUUGGGCUUUAGUCGUUGCUCAUUUUUGUGAGAACUAUGCAUUCUUCAUUUUGUUGUCAUGGCUACCGUCAUAUUUUCAUGAAAACUUUCCCCAAGCCAAGGGCUGGGUAUUCAAUGUCUUGCCAUGGCUGCUAACCAUUUUUUCUGCUGUAUCUAGUGGUUGGAUAGCAGACAAUCUAAUUUCAAAGGGUUACACAGUAACAGCUGUUCGCAAAGUUAUGCAGAGUUUGUGUUUUCUGGGUACAGCACUUUUCCUGUUUCUUCUGUCCUUCAUGCACACAUUCCACACUUCACUGUUCUGUGUGGCAGUGGGAGUCAUGUGUUGUGGCUUUCAUAACAGUGGUGUCCUAGUCAACGUACAGGAUAUAGCUCCACAAUUUGCAGGAUCUGUAUUUGGAUUAAUGAAUAUGGCAGGUGCAAUUCCAGGUUUUAUAGGUGUAUAUGUAGCUGGGCACAUGUUGGAAGUGACCAAAAGUUGGACAGCAGUAUUUAAUCAAACUUCAAUGGUAUGCAUAUUUGGAUGGGCUGUCUACGUCAUCUUUGGAACAGGAAAAAAAAUAAUAUGAAGGCAGGUCAUCACCACAUUGUCCAUAAGUGCCAUUUCACAUAGGGUUUAAGCCAACAAUGUCACAAUCUGGGCAUUUUAUUGGUAGGAGGGAAUAUUCUACUUUAUGCCAUUACAUGCACAUGGGAUAAGUUGCUUUAGGUUCUUGUUUGCUUGAUUUCAUGAAAUUCUAUUUUUUAAGAACUGUUUUUGCUUCUGUCUUCUUCUAUUAAUUUCAUCAUGUAUUUUGUUUCGCAAUCCAUGAAAUCCUGUUAUACAGUGCAUCAGAAGUAAUAUUUUUUAUUUAAUUUUUAAUAUGAUUAUGAUCUCAGGUAAAAGAAAUACCCCCCCCCCUCCUCACUGAAAGAAGUUUGUUACAUGUCAUUGAAAGAAUUAAUUUGGACCAAAGACCCUCAUAAAUGGAAGUUACAGAUUUUAUCAUUAUAAUUGCAUGA